AUGGCAGCGUACCUGUCAUUCUUGCAGUCGCCUAGCACUGCCAACCUGGCCAGCGAUGCCUCCAUCAGUUACAUCACAACCACCACGGCGAUCAAGGAGCCAACGGCCAUUCUGAAGCAUCUCGCGGCGCAGGCCAAGCAGCUGGAGAAGAAAGAAGAGAGAGUACUUUCGACCAUUGAAAGCGACCGUGGCUGCUGUGUGGAGACCUUGACAACCUUGCUGUUCAAGACUGGCGGCGGCGCCUUUCUCCCUAGCAUGGACUCGAAUCUUUUGGACGAACGGGAGGUCACAUUUCCACUCACUCACGUGGUUACAUACGAUGCGCAGUCCAAGAUCCAACAGAUCMGUCUGUAUUGGGAUCAGGGCACCUUACUGAAGCAAGUCGAGGCCAUUGGCAGGACGGGCCGCAACUGGCCCAUCCGAGACGGAAAAGCUCAGGCCGACUUUGUAGUCGCCAGCGUCAAGGCUGGAAGCAAUGGCAACAGUGUCGCUGCAGGAAACAAUGGCAAGCCGCAAGCUGCUCGCAGUGGAAACGAGAACCUUGUCAAGGAGCACAACAAGCGCGACAGCGUUUCUGUAACACGGGAUCCUCACGCCAGCCUGUCUCUCUUUGCCGAGCGUGAUGUCAAUGAUGAGGGUCGAUMGUACUCUGGUCCGAAGUAUGGUGUCGCGAAGUCCGCAAAGCCAGCCGAGCGCGACUACGGUGAACUCUUCACCAACGAGGAAAGCACAGCUGAGCUUGUCAUGACUGCCAGAAGCAAGUCUCCGCACAAGACUGAUGGUACCAUCCUCAAAGCAGGCGCCGGCAAGCACCAUACGGGUAACCGCCUCUUCGACGUAGGCGAGAAUGACAUGCCCAAAUCUCCUGAACGCAAGAAGACCUACAACCAGAAAUACGAGCACUUUUCCUUUGGUGAUGGCGAGGAUGUUCCCACCAAAGAGAAUCGGCCUGUGAGUGGCAAGGGUCAAGGUCAGCACAGCACGACCUUCAGCUUCGAGGACUUUGSCACGCCGCCAAAGCACGUGGAGAAGCCCAAGAUUGACUUCGAGCGUCAUUGGGGAGCUGGAGUGGACGAGGAUGAUCCAUCAUCACCACCUAAGCGUCCAAUCGUUCACGCUGCCCGCAAGGACGCCGACUCUCACUGGGAGAUGAGCGAUGAGUCUCCACUCCCAGCUGCUAACAAAGUCACCAAAUCAUUCCAGCGGCAGAAGGGAAUGGGUCUGUAUCAGGACCCAACGAUGGACGAUGACCGCACCAAGUACGAUGUCUCGCAGCCUGUAGAAAAGACUGCAACCACAAACACAGACAAUGCCCGUCGUGGGGGCGAUUUCAGUGCAGGCUUUGCCAUGGUUGACAACUCGCCUGCCGGGUCCAAGGCUGAGCCGCCAAACAAGCGUGGCACUCGUACUGAGUUCACAUCCAACUGGGGGUUCGAUGGAGCUGUAGACUCACCUCCUAUCAAGAAAAUCUACAAGACCGCUGGUGAUGGUAUGGGUUCGCGCAAGGUUCAGGAUGACUCUGCCGAUGCACCAAUCGCAAAGAAGAUUUACAAGACUGCGGGUGACGGCAUGGGCUCACGAUCAGGUGGUAGAGCCUGGGGAAUCGGAGAUGAGAGCGACCCCGAAGUUGAAGCUGAUCUUCGUCCCAGCGCAAGAUCCAGACGUGCUCAAGCGCAAGCGGGUGCUGACCUCGACUUCUGA